AUGUCUGGACGAAUUAUAAAUCAGAUUGAUCAAGAGAAUAAUGCCAAUCAUAUAAACAGAACUAAACCCAAACAAUCCAAUGAGAAUAUCAACAUCCGUACCAAAGAUAGUAAUCGACCAUCAUCAUCAUCGGCAUCUAGAAUAACCAGAAUACCACUUGGAGGAAAGAAUACAAAUAACUUAUUAACCUUAAAUAGAUCUAAAUCAUCAUUAGUUAAUAAGAUAUCAAUUCCUUUAAGACAAACUACGACAAAUAUUAAACCACCUGCAUUAACUAAAUCAAAUUCAACUUUAGGAUUUGCACCAACAAAGCCAACUGUCCUACUUGAUGAUCCACAACAACAACAGCAACGGCAACGGCAACAGUUAGUACAACUACAACAACAACAACAACAGCAAAAUGAAUUAACUGAUGUGUCUAGCAAAAGACCCAUAUUAGAUUCGCUUAAUGAAGAUUUGUCAUAUUCAAGAGUUAAACGAUUGAAAGGAGACCAAUUUUCCAAUUUUACUGAUUCAUUACCGAAACAAGACACAGAACCUCAACAACCAAUAGAAGCAUUACCACUGACAUUUACCAAUACUACCGAUCAACUCCAUGAAUCUAAUUUAGUAGAACCCGAUGAUAUAAACAAAUACAAUGUCGAUCCAAUUAAAAAAAGCUUGCAUACUAGACGUCAUCUUGAAGCACAAUUCGAUCAAGAAAUUGAAUUUGCUCCUAAUGUGAGAGAACCUCCUAUUUUGCAUGAACCAAUUGAACCAUUAAGUGAAUCAGAUUUACUUUUCUUUUCGACUCCAAAAACAACCUCGUCCAAUUUCUAUGAAUAUCCUGAUAUUAUAGAAGGGGAAAGAAUUCUUAAUGCAAGUGUUCCUGAUCUUUCUUUGGAAUUGGACUUGGAUGAUGGUAUGAUUAUGGAACCGGAAACAAAGAGCAAUGAAGAAGAUAUUGCAUAUGCUGUUAGCAUUCUUGAGAAUGAAGAAUUAGGAUUAUCUAAAGAUGAGCUUAAUGAUUUAUUAGAUUAA